CUGAGGGUUGCAAUGCUACCACUCAUUCAAUGCUGCUGCUGGGGCUCUCUGCCAAACACAAAUGGACUGUCAACACAGAAACAUGGCUGCCUCUGCGACAAGCAAGAUGAAUAACAGAGAUAACGCCACGGCGGACAGUCCGAAAUGUCACGAAGAGUCUUUGUCGCAGUCCCGGGAAAUAAUAAAGCCCACCGUCACGGAGCUGACCAAAGAAGUGAGGACGAACAUCCUCUGCACCGUGGAGGGAUGUGGCAAGAUUCUCCCCAACACACCUGCAUUGAACAUGCAUCUCGUCAAGUCACACAGGAUAAAGGAUGGUAUUGUCAAUCCCACGGUCAGAAAGGACAUGAAGGGCUCUCAGAAGCUGUACUGCUGUCCAAUCGAGGGUUGUCCCAGGGGGCCAAACAGACCUUUCUCCCAGUUCUCCCUGGUUAAACAACACUUCAUGAAGAUGCAUGCAGAGAAGAAACACAAGUGCUUCAAGUGCAACAAUGGCUACAGCACAGAGUGGGACCUAAAGAGGCACAUAGAAGACUGUGGGAAAACCUACCAUUGUACAUGUGGCUGCCCCUAUGCUAGUAGGGCCGCACUCCUCUCGCAUAUCUACAGGACAGGUCACGAGAUUCCUACAGAACACAGAAUUCCUCCAGUAAAAAAGCGAAAGAUGGAGAAACUAUUAAGCGCUGCUGAAAAGGUCAAGAUCCAUGAGUCAAGCUGUCAGAUCAUGCCCGCCAGUAAAGAGCCUACAGAGACUGCGCUCCCUUCUGAUACGACUAUUCAUAACACAGACUCAGUGAAUCAGAUCUCCAACGCUCGUAAGAGCCCCCAGAAGUUGCUCCUGCCGAAGCCGAAGAUGGCUCUGGUCAGCGUUCCUGUGAUGCAGCUGGCCCACCUGCCUGUCCUCCUUCCGUCUACAGAAAGCGGGGCUCUGAGGUCCGUAGUGCUGGCAGUAGACAGCCAAGGCUCUGUCAGCACCCUUCACCUCCUGCCGCAAGCCAUGGGGGCUGUGGUCCCCCAGCUUGAUGCUAAGAGUUUGGGUUUCAAGGAUAGCAUGCCUACUUCCCGCUCCAGCCUGGGGCCAGUUAGCACAGGCGUGCAGGUCAGUCUGGACCCUGCUGGCACAGAUGACUCAGCCGGUCUGGCACGGGGAAGAAGCACCUCCACCAACAUUCAGACAGAUAAAUCAUACUUGUCAAAAAUGCCCACAGGAAUGGGAGUAGGGGAGGGAAUGGGGCUGUGCUCUGUGGGUGAGUCCUCCGUGUCAUCCUGCUCCCAGACAGACAUUAGUGUGAGUGCCCAAGUCCUCUUGCCAAUCAGUGUUGAAACCCAGACAUUCUCCUCCCGGGCCAAAGCUACAUCCUCUAUUGGAGCUCAGACAGACAGCCAGUGCACGAGUCAAAUUCCUUGCUCCUCCUCAUCUGUGCCCCCGUUCAGAACCAGGCAGACACAGACAUAUUUUGCCAUACCACAGUCAGACGAGAAGGCUCAGGACCAGGCUAUAAUGUGCUCUGAGCUAUUUGGCAGUGACUCUCUCAGUGUAUCCACCCAGACUGCCCUGGAGAUAGAUGACACCCUCACUGCUGCAGGAAGCAGUUUGUACGAGGACUCAAAGUCAGCUGGUGGUAUGUGUUUUGGGGUGCAGACAGACGAGCUUAACUCCAACAACAUGGCAGAUAACCAGACCCAAACAAUGACCUUGUUAAAUGAUCUAGAAAAUAUUCUGUCUGACAGCAUGUCGGGCCACCAGGUGCUCACAGAGACCUCUGCAGGCUGUGGGUCAGGUCUGGGAUCUGUUCAGGAGCACCACAACGGCAUUGACUUUGACUUUGAAGAGUUUCUCAGUGCUGUGCACAUCCAGACACAGACAGAGGAGAGCGAGCUGGGAGGAUUGAGCGGUGACACUCCGCUUGAGUCUCUGGACAUCCAGACCCAGACGGACUUCCUCCUGAUGGAUGAACUGGACCAAAGUGAGGGACCAAGUCGAACCCAAGCCAGCGAUCUGGAGCUAUUCGAUACACAGACUCAGACUGACCUCAAUUUCCUGCUAAACGCAGGAAGCCACAUGCCCCUGAGCAGCAUACUACGACAUUCAAGCUUUUCUAUGAGCACAGAGUCCUCAGACACAGAAACACAGACAGAUCUCCCCUCAUUUGCCACGGGUCUCUCUGCUCAGGCUCCUGUGAGUCAGGGCGAGCACGCAAGGCUGCUGAACAGCACAGAGACACAGACUGUGACCAGCCAGGCUGAAGGGCUGGGACACCUCUUCCUAACGAGCAACGAAACACAAACUGUCAUGGAUGACUUCUUGUCAGCGGACCUGGCGUGGAACAUGGAGUCCCAUUUCAGCUCUGUGGAAACUCAGACAUGUGAGGAGCUUUGUGCUCUCUUUCAGCACCCUGAAAAACCCAACAGCUGAAGGCCUCCUGGUGAAGCUGCCUAACCUUUUGCAGUACAGGUUUCUCAUGUCUGUUCCUAUGAGAGGAAUCAGUCUACACUGUCCUCCAGCAGACCACAGUCUCGGCACAAAGAAGUCUGUGAAAAUGUUUUUGAACAUUCCACUGGAGACGUCAUGUUCAGAGCCUUUCCAGGUGUAUAUCCUGACAGCUCUGGUGCACUUUAUUAGCUCAAUGGGCAUGAUCAAUCAGCUCCUGUGACAGUUUACAUAUUUAUUUGCACAUAAAGUAACAUAUUAUAUGUGUCUUGUCUGAAAUGCCAGUUUACUUCUAUAUUUCAGUGUAUAGCCACUGUGACUGGUUUUCACUGUUUGGUCUUACUAGCAGUUUAAAAACGACUUAACAUUUCAUCAGUGUUAGAUCUGCACAUAAAAGGGAUAACAUCUUUAGCUGUGUGUGGCUGUCAAGAAAAGGCUUAUGAAAUUGUUACCCUGUAUGACAGCUUUCAGAUAUGCAUAUACUGCAUGAGAAGUUUCAUCUCAGAUGUACACAAGCAAACAUUGUGCAUUUAGUUAACGUGUAGGUUUGUAAACGUGCAUGAAGCCUUCAACUGGUCAGCAGCACUGAAGCGUAAAACAUCUGUCCUCUGCUUGUGCAUCGAAUGGCUGCCUCAUUGAUGUUGCGUUGUCAGCUGCAGUGAGACUGUUAACUCUGAAUACAUCGUGCAAGCUUUGCAGCCAGUGAAACACUUGACCAGUGCGAAGAUAUCAGCUUUAUGAUUUCCAAGAUAAAACCUUAAACAGUGAACAAGGCAUUGCUCAAAGUCGUUAAGAUGUAUCUCUGAAACAUACCAUUACUCUUACAGUUGUGGCACAAGUAAAAACGAGUAGUUCAUGUCUUGUCAGUUGUUACGCACCUUUCAUUGAAAUGUGAUUGUGAAGUUUGAUGUUGUGUAAACACUCUUUGUGUCUGGGCCUCUAUAGCGAAGCAGUCAGUUCGAGUCAGUAAGCAGACUAGGCUGUCAACGUCUUUGACUUAUUCAUUAGCUGGGUGUAAGUGUAUACAGUAGCAGAGCUCUGUGCUAAAGUGAUCCAGUAAUUUUACUGUACAGAAGUGUAUAGUGGAUUAGCGCAAGGAUUAGCACGGAGCUAUUGUUCGUAUUCAACACCUGAUUUUGACUGAAAGAAGUCCUGUUGGUUAUCUUCUGUUACAAUCAUCAUACUUUCCACUCUUAACAUUCGAACGCAGUAUUUUAAUUUAUUGUUAUAUUUUUAUCUCUUCUCCAAGAAACUAAAGUUGAUGUUUUGAUUUUGUUUUGAGCUGUUGCACCGAGUUACCUCAUUAAGCGCAGGCACCACAUGCAGACUGAGUUCUACUGGGGAACCUAGAGCUACAGGCCUUGAUCCUUUGUUCGUUUUGUUACGUUGGUGCCUUAACCCAAGUAUUUGCUACAAUUUGCUGCUUCAGUAUAAUUACUAAUUGUCAGAAUAUGCUUUGGAUAAUGAACACUGGAAAACUGUCAUAAUCCUUUCGGUCUUAGCUUUGCAUGUUUAAUCCACUCUGUAUUGGUAUUCUCAUCACAUUUGCAUGGAAUAUUGGAGUGUCCCUAAUUGUUCUCUAUGAUUUCUAUAGAAAAAUUUCUGUUCUGUCACAUGAAAAUAAUGCUAUGCAGCAUUUUACUGAAAAAAAAGAAUGCCAUCUCACUGUUUUUAUUGACAGAUGGUUAAUGCUGUUACAGUUUAUAGAUAUUUGUAGGAACUGAAGAAUGUACAGAACAUGACACUGUGCCCAAGUAUAACAUGCUCUAUUUUGACUCAUAAAUUUCAAAAUUUGUCGUAUCGAGAUUAGUAGCGACUUCUAGUUUGUGGUUCUUGAAUUCAGGUGGUCCCUGCUGGUUUAGAUGAACAGGAAAAUGCCUUGGAUUAAACAGAGCUGUGUGUAGAGAGAAGCCUAGUCAGUCUCAAGUGUCAGUUACAGUGCUUUAUUUUCUCUCAGUAGGGAAUGCAUGCAGAUAUUUUCCCAGCACAAAAUAUUUGUUUUAGCAGAAUUUGAGUUUCUGUUGCCUAUAUGUGUAGAGUUAAUGGUUGCCUUGAUUAAUUGUUGAAGCUACACUACAGAUGUUCUUAAUAAACUGCUGGAAAGUGUA